AUGUCAUUGGUUUGGAUCGAGUGGAAAGCACAAUUGAUCGUCCAUGGGCCAGAUACGCCAGUGGAGAUACAACGGGCUCUCUUUGAGGGGCUGCUUCUAUUAACCGCUUUUGAUAAAAGAAGAAUAUGUUUCAAGACAAGACUGAUUAAGGUGUUUUUAAAAUUGCACAAUUUCGACGGUGCAUGGCUUUUCGCUCAAAACUUACUGGAAGUUCCAUUUCCAAUAUUCUAA